AUGGCAGACGGGGUGCUGAGCGCUGGCGUGAACCUGGAGGCCUCCCAGGCUAUUGCCGCCAUCCAGGCGCCACGCUCCAGCAUGAAAAGGGUCUUUGACUGCCGGAAGGAUGGCAUGCGGAACAAGGAGACGCUGGAGGGAUGCGAGAAGGGCUUCAUGGCCGCCUUCCAGGAGAGCCUGCACUCCGUCAGCCGUGAGCUGGAGUGUCUGAGCAGUCCAGUUGGUGAACUGUCCAAGAACCGUCCCUUGCACAACAGUGGACUGUUGAGCCUAGAUCCUGUUCAGGACAAAAGACCUCUUUACAGCGAACUUCUUCAAGCCUACAAACGGUCAAAUAAGUUGCAGUACCAUGCAGGGCUAGCAGCUGGCCUUUUGAGCCAGCAGUCUUUGAGACGGUCAGCCAACCAGAUGGGAGUAUCUGCAAAACGCAGACCAAAAGCCCAGGCAACAACUCUCAUCUCACCUCCUCAAUAUGUCGAUGAUGUGAUCAGUCGCAUUGAUAGGAUGUUCCCUGAAAGGACUAUCCAGCUAUCCCGGCCAAACGGGACAAUGCUUCUAGUUACCCUAGGAAAAGUGCUAAAACCGAUAGUGGUGAUGUGGAGCCUCUUCAUUGACCCGACAAUAGUAAAAGGCUACAAUGAAAAUGUCUAUACCGAAGAUGGCAAGCUUGACAUAUGGUCCAAAUCCAACGAUCAGGUUUUUCAGAAGGUGAUGGAUCAUGCGACCACUGCUCUAUUGCCCUGCCAGCUGCCUUGGAUGCCCAAUGUCAUAGUCAGGUCUUUCAUGACCUGGUUAAGAAGUUACAUAAAGCUGUUCCAGGCUCCAUGCCAGCGCUGCAGGAAGUUCCUGCAGGAUGGCCUGCCGCCUGUGUGGAAGGAUUUCCAAACACUUGAAGCUUUUCAUGACACUUGCAGGCAAUAG